UCUAUUCCACGCGUGGAUUAUUAUUGCUCUGUAUCGCGCUCUAUCCAUAAGGGAAGCAGCCGAGGAGAAUCGGAAGAAACCGAAGCCCAGACCCGAAAAGAGCUGACGUGAGGAAGCACAGCGACCGGUCGGGGGGAUGACGGUGCCCUCGGCCCAUGAGUUUCACUGGCAGAGCCUGGCAUGUCUUUCCAGCGCCCGCGUCUAUCACUCAUUGGCUGAUGUUGGGGGGCAGCUGUAUAUGGUAGGGGGUUGCGAUGCUUCGGGUCGACCCACCAGCGCUCUCGAGCUCUACUCCCCUGAGGUGGACCGCUGGCUCAGUCUCCCUCCGAUGCCCACGCCGAGAGCCGGGGCGGCGGUGGCUGUCUUAGGUAAGCAGCUGCUGGUGGUCGGGGGAAUGGGGAAGGACCAGCGCCCCCUGAAGGCCGUGGAGGUGUAUAACACAGAAGAAGGCAAAUGGAGGAAGAGGUGCUCGCUCAGAGAGGCGUCCAUGGGGCUUUCUGUCACUGUUAAAGACGGCAGAGCUCUUGCUGUUGGGGGAAUGGGAGCAGACCUCCUGCCUAGAAGUGUUCUACAGCAGUACGACCUUCGCAAGGACGUGUGGGCGCUCCUUCCGCCCAUGCCCACCCUGCGCUACGAUACCAGCGUCUGCCUACUGGACUCCAAGAUCUACGUGGCAGGAGGACGUCAGUGUAAGCGUUUGGUGAAGGCGUUUGAGGUCUUUGACAUGGAAAGCCGUACCUGGUCCUCUCUACCCAGCCUGCCUUGUAAGAGAUCUUAUUCUGGGGUCUUAUGGGACAGCGCCGGGCGUCUCUGCUGGUUGGGAGGGCUCAGACAAGGAGGAAUACACCAAAGUUCAAAGUUUACCAAGAAUGUUAACAUCUUUGACACCAACCAAGGAACUUGGUUGAAAUCAGAGGACACCGUACCCUUGAAAACCAAGCGAGCAGACUUUGCCGCAGCCAUAGUGCGAGACAGAAUGAUCGUGGCAGGAGGCCUAGGCCAUCAGCCAUCAGUGCUGGACACUGUCGAAGCCUUCCAUCCCGAAAAAAGAAAAUGGGAGAGGCUGUCGCCCAUGUCGACGCCACGUUGCUCUGCCUCCAGCAUUGUGAUCCGUGAUCGACUACUGGUAGUAGGAGGUGUCAAUCAAGUCCCAAGCUCCGCCCAUGAGAUUCUAUAUGUAAAAGAGGAGGAGAUUCUUUAACCAUAGAACUUUAGGUUUACACAUCAGAAAAAGUUGCCUUCAAUGAUCAAGUAAAACACAAAUUUUCACUUCGCUUGGUAAAAUUUUGCAUCAAAAUCCAGUCUGCGCAAUUGGGAGCUUCACAUGAGGGCGAAAAAGUUCUCGAUUCAGUUUUCACUCAUGUUCAAGUUGUUCAUGCAAAUCCGUCAUGCUGAGCAAUAGAAAUCUGCUAACUUCUGUGUAAGCUGUGAUUCUUACAUAUCUACGCUAUUGACCUAUUUUGCGAGUUGGGAUUUUCACAAAAAAAUUCGAACACAGAUUUUGCUUGUUCGAAUUGGUCACACGAAUUUGCCAAGCUAACCUAUAGAAAACUGCUGGGCUCAUGUAGCGAAUUUUCAUAACCAACUUGAAUACUAGCGAAAACUGCGUGAGGAAGUUUAUCGUAACCAAGCAGCUUCCUAUCGGUCAGCUCGGUCGAAUUGACAUGACUAACUUCUCUGUGCUGGGAAUUUUUUUGCCCUCAUGCGAAAUUCCCAAUCAUGUGGAACAGAUUUCGCCCUCAAAAUUUAGCUAAUGUGACCGCACCUUAAAGCCUGAAAUAUACUCUACUCAAAUAAGCAAAUGUGAAUCUUGCAAUGCACUGCAAGUGCAAUAGGCGAGGGUGUAGAGUUUCCUUCAAACAUUUGUCUUAAAUUGAAUUCAGGUAGCUAGCUACAAACAUGUGAACAGUUUAAAUGUAAAAUGUCAUUUUUGCUAGCCCUAGCACAUGAUUCUCUUCAAACUGUUGCUCCGCCAUGACAGUAGUUUAGCUGAAACAGAAAAAUGACUGUAGAAGACGUUUACACUGAUGCCUACUAUAGCGCCCCUUGUGGCAAUGCUGACAUAUUUCAUAUGCAUGAAAUCAAACUAGAUUUGGUGUUUAUGUACUUAUGUAGAGUAUGUUUUGGGCUUAUUAUCAGCACAACAAGGUUCUUGAAUGCUAGACUGUUCAAACAAAUAAGCUGCACUAUGUGACAAGGAAUAACUAAAGCACAUUGUAGGGAACAACAUGUAUUUUAGUUCCACGAAGCUCACCGUUAAUUCCAUUAUUACAAACUGCACAGCAACGACAAUCUGCCUUUUAAAGCCAACAGCACCAAACACCCACUGAAUGAUCUAAGCCAACAACAUAUAUGCACAAACACACAUUCAGAGACACA